GUAAUAUUCAAUAAAGUCGGUUUUCCAAAGGGCAGUGAGUGGCAAGUCUGCACGUCAAAAUGAAGUCCAUGUCUGCAUCUUACAGCCACAUACUCUUCACUGUCAUUAAGCAGCCAUCCAUGGAAAGCUUUCGCCUUUCCGGGAUGAUAAUGACUCCCUCUCCGUUUCUUCAUCUGCUCUGCAUUAUCCUUUCCUUCCCCCUUCACUCCCACGCUUACAGUCCACCUGACCGUUACUUCAUCAACUGCGGCUCACGCUCACCGGUGCCAGACACCCAGAGGACAUUCGCCGGCGACGACUUCUUCACCGGCGACAGUACUCAAGUCGAAGAUCUGAGUUUCCCUCCGAACCGAUUUUCUUUAUAUAAAACUGCAAGAGUUUUCAAGGGUAGGAGUUCUCGGUAUGAAUUCGAGGCAGAUCAGAACGGUCCUUACAUGGUACGCCUCCAUUUCUACCCAUUUUCUUCCUCCCUUAAUCUCUCGGACGCUGAAUUUCAUGUUUCCGCUUCUGGGUUUUCGCUCUUGUCGAAUUUCAGCGUCGGGAUAUCACCCACUUCCAAAUUUCCUGUCAUAAAGGAGUUUUUGCUCUGGGUGAAGGACAAAAAGCUUACGAUUUACUUCAUACCUUCUAAAGAAUCAUCUUUUGCAUUCGUAAAUGCGAUUGAGGCUUUCCUAGCCCCGGAUAGCUCCAUCGACGAUGAGGCUAUUCCAGUCGGAGUAAACAAGAUGAACAUUGUCGGUAGCUUGUCAUCGAAUUUCUUAGAUGUGAUUUAUAGAAUUAAUGUUGGGGGUCCAAGAAUUACUCAAAAGAAUGAUACUUUGUGGAGAAAUUGGGAGCCCGACGAUGAUUACCUGCUUUUCCCGGAAUCAAGGACUUCGAUUAAACAUGAUGUUGAUAAACCCUACUACGCCCAAGAAUGGGCAACUCCAUAUGAUGCCCCUGAUCCUGUUUACAGUAGUGCCAGAGUGAUAACCAUUGACAGCAAUAGUCAAAAUAAUACUAAUAUAACAUGGUGUUUUCCUGUGAUUAUGAAUUCUUCAUACUUUAUAAGGUUGCAUUUCUCUGACAUUGUCAGCCCGUCUCGGAACGACACUCAGUUCGAUUUGUUUGUGGAUGAGGAGUUUGUUAAAGUUGUGAGUCCAUAUGAUAGAGUUUUUUCCCAGAAAACUCCAUUUUACCUUGAUUACCUGGCCAACUCUGGUUCUUCAGGUGCCAUGAAUGUCACUGUGAAGCCACUUCAAGAUUCGACUUAUAAGUCCGCCUUUCUGAACGGCAUAGAGAUAAUGAAGCUAAGUAAGGUCAAACUCGUGAUCAGCGAUGAGAGGGAGCCAAAGUGGAAACACUUUCUGACCCUAACUGCUCCAAUAGCUGGCUGUUCAGUUCUCGUCUUUGUGUUGGGAGCCAUUCUUAUGACAAUCUUCUUAUGUCACAAUUCAAGAAAGGGGAAAGUGGUUGAGAGUUCUGACUUCCCAUUUGAUCAGAUCUUUGGAAGGAGUUGGCAGAGCCAGAACACUGAAAAGAGUGCUAUUUUGAUGAGUCCUGAAAUGAGGAACCUAGGGUUGAAAGUGCCUUUAGCUGAAAUCCUUAUCGCCACAAAGAAUUUCGACCCAAAAGGGAUGAUUGGAGAGGGAGGGUUUGGGAAGGUGUACAGAGGGACGAUGCGGAAUGGCUUAAAAGUGGCGGUUAAGAGAAGUGAACCUGGACAUGGACAGGGCUUACUAGAAUUCCAAACAGAGAUCAUGGUCUUGUCCAAGAUCCGCCACCGCCACCUUGUCUCCUUGAUUGGAUAUUGCGACGAGAGGUAUGAGAUGAUCCUAGUUUAUGAAUUCAUGGAGAAGGGCACUUUGAGGGAUCAUUUGUACUGCUCGGGAGAUAAACCUUCAUCUUUGUCUUGGGAUCAACGGCUGGAAAUAUGCAUAGGGGCGGCGAAGGGCUUGCAUUACCUUCACGCUGGUUUGAACUCGCCAAUCAUCCAUAGAGAUAUAAAGUCAACUAACAUUCUUCUCGACGAACAAUACGUGGCGAAAGUGGCGGACUUUGGGAUAUCACGAUCCGGGGUUCUCGAUCAAACUCACGUGAGCACCGAAGUGAAGGGUAGUUUCGGGUACCUUGAUCCGGAGUACUAUAGAUGCAUGCAGCUUACACAGAAAUCUGACGUGUACUCAUUUGGGGUAGUACUUCUUGAAGUAGUUUGUGCACGAUCUGCGAUCAACCCAUCGCUUCCGAGGGACCAAGUGAACUUGGCUGAGUGGGGGAUGACGUGGCAAAAGAAGGGACAGUUUGGGAAGAUCAUUGACCCUUUGUUGGUCAAUAAGAUAAACCCGAGCUCGUUGAGGAAGUUUGGGGAGAUCGUGGAGAAGUGUUUGCAAGACUAUGGGGUUGAUAGGCCUAGUAUGGCUGAUGUGAUGUGGGACUUGGAGUAUACGCUGAGGCUACAGCACACUGGAGUAUUGCCCCUAGAUCCACACGGGGAUGACAGCUCGACUAUGGUUUCUUUGCAGUUGCCGCCUCGGGUCGUUCACCACUUGCCUUCACACGUAAUGCAGGUGAGCGAUGACGAUGAGGAGGAAGAAGAAGUUGAGGAUUCGCUGACAGCAAACGAAGGGAUGGCUGCCCGAGAAGCUUUCUCCCAGCUGCAAAAACUCGAUGCUGCAAGAUGAUUUAAAAUAGGGACCUCUUUGGUGAAAGUUAUCUGAUGAAAAUGGGUGAAUGUGCUGAAAUUCUAAAAGGAAGUAUUUGGUGAAACCCGUCUUAGUCUGAUAAUCAAGUCGAUCGCUUCUUAAUUUGUUAGUAAACGAGGGCCUAGAACUCAGAAAGUAGCUGUGCAUGUUCUGCUUCUACCAUAUUAAGGAAGUUCAAUUCACCUUUGCAUGUGUUGUGGUUGUAUCUGAAUUUGAUCAGUUAUUUUUCCAUGUGGAGUGACAAGUUUCUGAGUAUAUAUUGUUCUUGUAUAAGAAGGUUGAUCUUAAGUAGCUUAAUGUUUAUUUAUGCAAAGUUGUUAGUCUUUUUGUCAAUUUUUAGCCCAUUUAUGUGAUCCUUCAAUUGUCCAGACCUAUUGAUACGUUUUUAAUAAUAAUGUUAUACGUGUGGGGGGUUCUGGGUUCAUCAGUUCAUGUGCAGGCGGGUGCUCUAUGUAUAGGCG